AUGCUGCUUCUCCUUCUGCUCACAAGUGCCUUUGUCCUUCUGCCCUGGGCUGGGGCUGGAAGGAUCAUUGGUGGAUGGGAAGUUAAGGCCCACUCCAGACCCUACAUGGCUUAUUUAAAAAUUCAAACUGGCUCACAAACUGCUUACUGUGGAGGGUUCCUGAUUCGUCCAGACGCAGUGCUCUCAGCAGCUCACUGUCUGGAUAAAAAAGGGACAGUGAGGGUCACUGUGAUUCUGGGAGCCCACAACAUAACCGGCCGAGAACAGAGCCAGCAGAGGACCCGUGUUGGACAAUGGGUCAUCCAUCCCAAAUAUUCCCGUGCUGGCUUCAAAAAUGACAUCGUGCUGCUGAAGCUGAAGCCAAGGGCCAGGAUCAAUGAGAAUGUGAAAUUUAUCUCCUUUCCCAGGAGAAACGAUCAUGUGGGAGCAGGAGUUGAAUGUAGGGUGUCUGGCUGGGGCUGGACAUCUGACACAGGGAACAGGACUAAUGUGAUGAGGGAGGUGAAACUGAAGGUGCAAAAUGAGAAAAUAUGUCAGCACCUUUCCCAUAACUACCAGCGUCAGUCUAUGAUCUGUGUUGGUGAUGAAUACAGCAAAAAAGCAAUUUACCAUGGUGAUUCUGGUGGCCCAUUAGUCUGCAAUAAGAAGGCUCAUGGCAUUGUUUCUCACGGAUAUAAACACCGCCUCUUCCCUGAGGUAUUCACUAGAAUCUCGUACUUUGAGCCCUGGAUACGUGAGCAGCUGAGGAGGUUUGCACUCCAAGAGCUGCCUGGCUCUCCAUCCUCUGACUAA